GCAAAGUUGAUAUGGGCUGCCCUGAUGUACAUAAUGCCCCCUUGAAUAUGUUAGUAUAAAGAAGCGGACCAGAUUAAGGAUUUAAAAGUACUUACUUAAGUAAUAUCAAAUAUAUUCAACUAAGGAGCCAGAGCGAUGGACCCGAUCAGCGAGGCGCGCGGCCAGCUGCAGGGGGCGCUGCAGGCGGCCGGCUCCCGAAAACGUGGCUCGGAGUGGGACAGCUCGGAGGAGGACAACCUGAUCGAUAUCCAGGACAUAUCGUCGCCGAGCCGCGGCUCCAAGCGGCGGCGCCGGAAGCCGGCGGCGCCCGGCAACCUGCCCGACACCUACGUGAUGAAACUGUUCGACCGCAGCGUGAACCUGGCGCAGUUCCCGGCCGGCUCGUCGCUCUACCCCGUCUGCCGCGCCUGGAUGGCCAACGACCCGAACGGCACGGCCGCCGCGCCGCCGCCAAAGGCCGAGCCCAAGGAGGAGCCGUCCGACGGCGACCUGGUGUACCAGCUGCCGCCGCCGCUCUUCCCGCCACUGGAUGAGGACGGCCAGCCGGCCAACCUGCGCGUGCCUGCAGGACUGCGGCCGCCCGACCCCGCCCAGCUGCCCGAGCUGCAGCCCAGCAAGGCGGAUGACGCGCCGCCGAAGAGCCAAAUUCUCGCUGGGCACCUGGCGCGGUGGCGCUCGGUGCGCGAUCAGUGGCGCACCGCCGCCGCCAACAACGAGCGCCGCUACACGGACAGUUUCGCCGUGCUGAGCUCCAUCUGUAUACCGGACAGCUAGAACGCGUCGCCGCACCGCGCCGCGACCGGACGCGUGCCGCCGCCCGCCGACCCACGGACACGGUCGUGGUUUGACGACCUGGUGAGCCCGCUCAGCCCCUGGUGAAAGGACGGCGACCGCAGGGUGAGUAGAGAAGGGAGUGCCGAAGGAGACCGACAGUGGCCGGCGGUGACCUGAGUUUGAUUGGAGACCUGAGGAUGAUGUCGAAUAGCCCUUGGUCGGUAGGUCUUUCCGGUCACCAAACUCAGAAGGUGCGAUAUCGAACUCUCAAACAAGUAUCCAAGACGGGACGAUUGGUUCGCUAGGUGGGGCGAUGCGUCUCCAGCUGUCCGGUUGCUUGAGCGGUUGUGAAGCUCCCGUUAAGACGAUAUUCGUCCAACAUACUGAGGGGUCAGAAUUGGUUAGGAGCGAUCAAGUGGCGUACCUAUUCGAGGUCUUUUAGCUGGAGGUUCGCUUGAUGCUAGACCAGACUGACGUGUGUGGCUGCUAGAAAUAGCUGCGGGCUAACACGGUUCUGUGAGGAGUAAUAUGCGCUGUCGACGUCUCAUCAUCACUGUUGUAUAUCCAUUUUU